AGCAUAACACUCAAUGCCGGAUGAGGGGUCAAACGCUGGCAAAGAGAUCACCCAAUUCUGGCAAUCCCUCCUUUUCUGUGACUUAGUAAAAAGAAAUAAUUUUCACGGUAUCAAUCAUUUAUUUCUGAGUCUAAUGUUGCGCGGGCAAAACUUCCAAGGCCUACGAUCUUUAUCAUGACAACAUUGCAGCCCAGAGGUCCCUAUACUCCCGAGGAGUUGAAGAAACUCUAUCCAGAAAGUCUUGAGCUUCAGUUAGUUCAAAUACUUCUUCGACAUGGCGAGAGAAGUCCUGUAUCAACUAGGUUUCGCAAUGCCGGUGUCCCAGCUUUCUGGCCAUAUUGCAGUGUAGCAAAGAAGCUUCGCAGCACCAAUAUGACGAGCAACGACGGAUCAAGCUGGAACGAUCUUGAAUGGCGCCGUCGCCUUGAGACAUUCGCAGAAGACGAUGGGGCUGCCGUAGCGGCUGGCCCAGCUGGUACAUUUGAUGCGAUAUGUCAGCUUGGAGAACUUACAGAUCGAGGGCGGGAGACCACUUUUGCUUUAGGGCAGAGACUACGCCAUCUCUACGUUGAACAGCUCAAAUUUAUGCCAAGACUGAUCUCUGAUGCUGACAUGAUGUAUCUCCGCGCAACUCCCAUUCCACGAGCUCUAGAAUCUGUACAGCAGACCUUCCUUGGCAUGUAUCCAUCGAAUGCGCGAACGGCGUCUUUUCCACCUCCCACUAUCCUCAUUCGAACUCCUGCAGACGAGACCCUUUUCCCGAAUGAUGGAAAUUGCCGACGAUUCAGUCAGCUAAGCAGGGCAUUUGCAGAGCGGACUGCCCGAAGAUGGAACGAAACUACAGAAAUGGAUUAUCUUAACAAACUUAUUUCAAAGUGGAUGCCUGAUCAUUCCAGCCGUGUUGCGGUAGACUCACGCCCUCGACUUUCCGGUAUCAUGGAUACAAUCAAUAGUACAUUGGCCCAUGGGCCCGAAACAAGAUUACCUCCAGAAUUCUAUGAUGAAAAGGGUCGCAAAAUAAUUGACCGCAUUGGUGUAGAAGAAUGGUUCUCUGGGUAUGAAGAGUCAAAUGAAUACAGAACGGUUGGCAUAGGGGCAUUGGCUGGAGACAUUGUGGCACGAAUGACUGGUAAUGUGGAGAAGAAUGACUUCAGUAGCCUUUUGGAAAUUGGUGACUCUAGCCACGCACCUGGUCAAGGCAGAGGCGGAGAAAAGCUAAUCAAAUUCGCCUUGUCGGGGUGUCAUGACACGACUCUGGGCUCCUUGCUGGCCAGUUUAGGUGCGUUUGAAGGAGGAAACUGGCCACCAUAUUCCAGUCAUAUAUCGUUUGAGCUUUUUAGGAGCAAGUCGCUGGACGUUUCAGAUAUUGUUCCUGCGGUGACGGAGAAGAAUACUUCCAAGGGCAUUCUCGGGUCAAUAUUCGGAUCGAGUGGGAAGUCGGACAGUGACACACUAAAGUCUCGAACAUUAACGAGGAAAAAGUUAGUCGACAUGAGCGAUGCAGAGAGGAGCAGGCUCAAGGGCUACUUCGUUCGGGUCCGGUACAAUGAUCAUCCAGUAACGAUUCCAGGCUGCAGGAAACCUGGCAGUCAUCUUGAAGGCGAUGAAAGCUUUUGCACCCUGGAGGCAUUCAAAGCCAUUGUCGACAGAUUUACGCCAGACCAAUGGAAGAGUGCUUGUCAAUCGAAUCUGGAUAAGCCGUCGUUCCCUCCUAUGCCAGAACCUGCAGGGUACUAAUCGCAG